AUGAGCACUGACAGUAACUCAUUGGCACGUCAAUUUCUGACUGAUGUCAACCGGCUUUGCAAUGCAGUGGUCCAGAGGGUGGAGGCCAGGGAGGAGGAAGAGGAGGAGACACACAUGGCAACCCUUGGACAGUACCUUGUCCAUGGUCGAGGAUUUUUGUUACUUACCAAGCUAAAUUCUAUCAUUGAUCAGGCGUUGACAUGCAGAGAAGAACUCCUGACUCUCCUUCUAUCACUCCUUCCACUGGUAUGGAAGAUACCUGUUCAAGAAGAAAAAGCAACAGAUUUUAAUCUGCCAUUCUCAGCUGAUAUAAUCCUGACCAAAGAAAAGAACACAACUUCACAAAGAUCCACUCAGGAAAAAUUACAUUUAGAAGGGAGUGCCCUGUCUGGUCAGGUUUCUGCAAAAGUAAACACUUUUCGGAAAAGCAGACGACAGCGUAAAAUUACCCAUCGCUAUUCUAUAAGAGAUGCAAGGAAAACACAGCUCUCCACUUCAGAUUCAGAAGCCAAUUCAGAUGAAAAAAGCAUAGCAAUGAAUAAGCACAGAAGGCCCCAUCUGCUGCAGCAUUUUGUAACACAGUCUCCUAAAGAAGACCACCUUACAGUUAAAUUUGACCACUUAGCAACCAAAGAACAGACUCCUCCUGAUACCAUGGCUUCAGAACAUUCCAGAGAGAUUAUUCUAAGACAGGAGUCAAACACUGACAUUUUAAGUGAGCCAGCUGCCUUGUCUGUUAUCAGUAACAUGAACAAUUCUCCAUUUGACUUAUGUCAUGUUUUGUUAUCUCUAUUAGAAAAAGUUUGUAAAUUUGACAUUAGCUUAAAUCAUACUUCUGCUCUAGCAGCUAGUGUAGUGCCCACACUGACUGAAUUCCUGGCAGGCUUUGGAGACUGCUGCAAUCUAAGUGACAACUUAGAGAGUCAAGUGCUUUGUACAGGUUGGACUGAAGAACCAGUGGCUUUGAUUCAACGAAUGCUCUUUCGAACAGUGUUGCAUCUGAUGUCAGUAGAUGUUAGUACUGCAGAGAUGAUGCCAGAAAGUCUUAGAAAAAAUUUAACUGAAUUGCUUAGGGCAGCUUUAAAAAUUAGAACUUGUCUAGAAAAGCAGCCUGACCCUUUUGCACCAAGGCAAAAGAAAACAUUACAGGAGAUUCAGGAAGAUUUUGUUUUUUCAAAGUAUCGUCAUAGAGCUCUUCUUUUACCUGAGCUUCUGGAAGGAGUUCUACAGAUCCUCAUCUGUUGUCUUCAAAGUGCAGCUUCAAAUCCCUUCUACUUCAGUCAAGCCAUGGAUUUGGUUCAAGAAUUCAUUCAGCAUUAUGGAUUUAAUUUAUUUGAAACAGCAGUUCUUCAAAUGGAAUGGCUGGUUUUAAGAGAUGGAGUUCCUCCUGAGGCCUCAGAACAUUUGAAAUCCCUCAUAAAUAGUGUGAUGAAAAUAAUGAGCACUGUCAAAAAAGUAAAAUCCGAGCAACUUCAUUAUUCAAUGUGUACGAGAAAAAGGCACAGACGCUGUGAAUAUUCUCACUUUAUGCAUCAUCACCGAGAUCUCUCAGGCCUUCUGGUUUCAGCUUUUAAAAACCAGGUUUCCAAAAACCCAUUUGAAGAGACUGCAGAUGGGGAUGUUUACUAUCCUGAGCGCUGCUGUUGUAUUGCGGUGUGUGCUCAUCAGUGCUUGCGCUUACUACAGCAGGCUUCCUCGAGCAGCACUUGUGUCCAGAUUCUUUCAGGUGUUCAUAACGUUGGGAUAUGCUGUUGUAUGGAUCCCAAAUCUGUGAUCGUUCCUUUGCUCCAUGCGUUUAAGUUGCCAGCACUGAAAAUUUUUCAGCAGCAUAUAUUGAAUAUCCUUAACAAACUUAUUUUGGAUCAGUUAGGAGGAGCAGAGAUAUCAGAAAAAAUUAAAAAAGCAGCUUGCAAUAUUUGUACCGUUGACUCUGACCAACUAGCCAAAUUGGAAGAGACGCUGCAGGGAAACUCAUAUGAUGCUGAAUCCUCCUCAAGUUUAUCUAGUCCUUCUAAUAGAUUUCAAGGGAUCCUGCCUAGCAGUGGAUUUGAAGACUUGUUGUGGAAAUGGGAUGCCUUAAAGGCUUAUCAGAACUUUGUUUUUGAAGAAGACAGAUUACAGAGUAUACAGAUUGCAAAUCAUAUUUGCAAUUUAAUUCAGAAAGGCAAUGUAAUUGUUCAGUGGAAACUGUAUAAUUACGUAUUUAAUCCUGUGCUCCAAAGAGGAGUUGAAUUAGCACACCACUGUCAACACCUAAGCGCUACUUCAGCUCGAACUCAUGCAUGUAGCCAUCAUAACCAAUGUUUGCCUCAGGAAGUGCUUCAGAUUUAUUUAAAAACUCUACCUAUCCUGCUUAAAUCCAGGGUAAUAAGAGAUUUGUUUUUAAGUUGUAAUGGAGUAAAUCAAAUAAUUGAAUUAAAUUACUUAAAUGGUAUUCGAAAUCAUUCCCUAAAAGCAUUUGAAACUCUGAUAAUCAGCCUAGGGGAACAACAGAAAGAUGCUUCGGUUCCAGGUAUUGAUGGGAUAGACACUGAACAGAAGGAGUUGUCCUCUGUAAAUGUGGGUACUGCUUUUCAUAACCAGCAAGCUUAUUCAGAUUCUUCUCAGAGCCUCAGCAAAUUUUAUGCCAACCUCAAAGAAGCUUACCCUAAGAAAUGGAAGACUGUUAACCAGAAUGUUCAUAUCAACACGAUAAACCUAUUCCUCUGUGUGGCAUUUUUAUGUGUAAGUAAAGAAGCAGAGUCCGAUAGAGAGUUGGCCAAUGAUUCAGAAGAUACUUCUGGCUAUGACAGCACAGCCAGUGAGUCUUUAAGUCAUAUGCUGCCAUGUUUAUCUCUUGAGAGCCUUGUCUUGCCUUCUCCUGAACAUAUGCACCAAGCAGCAGACAUUUGGUCUAUGUGUCGUUGGAUCUACAUGUUGAGUUCAGUCUUCCAGAAACAGUUUUACAGGCUGGGUGGUUUCCGAGUAUGCCAUAGAUUAAUAUUUAUGAUAAUACAGAACCUAUUCAGAAGUCACGAAGAAGAGCAAGGAAAAAAGGAGGCAGAUACAAAUGUAAAGGAAAACCAAGAUUUAAACAGAACUUCUCAACCUGAGAUAACUGCAAAGGAAGAUUUAUUGUCUCUGACUGUAAAAAGUGACCCCACACCAUCAGAAACGGGUAGUUUAAAGAAGAGUGCCGACAGUUUAGGUACAUUAGAGCCACAGUAUAUUUCUUCCAUAAAUGUGGAACAAAUUUCUGCUACCGAAGCUGCUCCUGAGGAAGCAAAGAUACUUACAAAUCAAGAAAGUGAGACCUCACUUCAGAGUAUACGACUUUUAGAAGCCCUUCUGGCCAUUUGUCUUCAUAGUGCCAGAACUAGUCAACAAAAGGUGGAAUCGGAGUUACCUAAUCAGAGCUUGUCUGUGGAAAAUAUAUUGUUUGAAAUGAGGGACCAUCUUUCCCAGUCAAAGGUGAUUGAAACAGAAUUAGCAAAGCCUUUGUUUGAUGCCCUGCUUCGAGUUGCCCUGGGAAGUCAUUCAGCAGAUUUUGAACGUAAUGAUGCUAUGAGUGAGAAGAGUCAUCAAUCUGAGGAAGAACUGUCAUCCCAGCCUGGUGAUUUUUCAGAAGAAGCUGAGGAUUCUCAGUGUUGUAGUUUUAAACUUUUAGUUGAAGAAGAAGGUUAUGAAGCAGAUAGUGAAAGCAAUCCUGAGGGUGGCGAAACCUGGGAUGAUGGGGUAGAUGUAAAGUCUGAAACAGAAGGUUUUAGUGCAUCAAGCAGUCCAAAUGUCUUACCUGAAAACCCCACUCAAGGAGAAAUAAUAUAUCCUGAGAUUUGUAUUCUGGAAUUAAAUUUGCUUUCUGCUAGUAAAGCCAAACUUGAUGUGCUUGCUCAUGUAUUUGAGAGUUUUUUGAAAAUUAUUAGGCAGAAAGAAAAGAAUAUUUUUCUGCUCAUGCAACAGGGAACUGUGAAAAAUCUUUUAGGAGGGUUCUUGAGUAUUUUAUCACAGGCUGAUUCUGAUUUUCAAGCAUGCCAGAGAGUAUUGGUGGAUCUUUUGGUAUCUUUGAUGAGUUCAAGAACAUGUUCAGAAGAGCUAAUCCUUCUUUUGAGAAUAUUUCUGGAGAAAUCUCCUUGUACAAAAAUUAUUCUUCUGGGUAUUCUGAAAAUUAUUGAAAGUGGUAAUACUAUGAGCCCUUCACAGUAUCUAACCUUCCCUUUACUGCAUACCCCAAAUUUAAGCAAUGAUGUUUCAUCACAAAAGUGUCCUGGAAUUCUGAACAGUAAAGCCAUGGGUUUACUGAGAAGAGCACGAGUUUCACGGAGCAAGAAAGAGGCUGAUAGAGGAAGUUUUCCCCAUCGGCUGCUUUCCUCUUGGCACAUAGCCCCAAUCCACUUGCCAUUGCUGGGGCAAAACUGCUGGCCACACCUGUCAGAAGGUUUCAGUGUUUCCCUGUGGUUUAAUGUGGAGUGUAUCCAUGAAGCUGAGAAUACCACAGAGAAAGGAAAGAAGAUAAAGAAAAGAAACAAAUCAUUAAUUUUACGAGAUGGCAGUUUUGAUGGCACAGAGAGUGACAGACCAGAAGGUGCAGAGUACAUAAAUCCUAGUGAGAGACUCAUAGAAGAAGGAUGUAUUCAUAUAAUUUCCCUGGGAUCCAAAGCAUUGAUGAUCCAAGUGUGGGCUGAUCCUCAUAAUGGCACUUUUAUCUUUCGUGUGUGCAUGGAUUCAAAUGAUGACAUGAAAGCUGUUUUACUAGCACAGGUUGAAUCACAGGAGAAUAUUUUCCUCCCAAGCAAAUGGCAACAUUUAGUACUUACCUACUUACAGCAGCCCCAAGGGAAAAAGAAUAUUCAUGGGAAAAUCUCCAUAUGGGUCUCUGGACAGAGGAAGCCUGACGUUACUUUGGAUUUUAUGCUUCCAAGAAAAACAAGUUUGUCAUCUGAUAGCAAUAAAACAUUUUGUAUGAUCGGCCAUUGUUUAUCAUCCCAAGAAGAGUUUUUGCAAUUGGCUGGAAAAUGGGACUUGGGAAAUUUGCUCCUCUUCAAUGGAGCUAAGAUUGGUUCACAAGAAGCCUUUUAUCUAUAUGCUUGUGGACCCAACCACACAUCUAUAAUGCCAUGUAAAUAUGGCCAGCCAAUCAAUGACUACUCCAAAUAUAUCAAUAAGGAAAUUCUGCAAUGUCAACAAAUCAGAGAACUUUUUAUGACCAAGAGAGAUGUGGACAUUAGUCUCUUGAUUGAAAGUCUUUCAGUUGUUUAUACAACUUACUGUCCUGCUCAGUAUACCAUCUAUGAGCCAGUGAUUAGACUUAAAGGUCAGAUGAAAACUCAGCUCUCUCAAAGACCCUUCAGCUCAAAAGAAGUUCAGAGCAUCUUAUUAGAAACUCAUCAUCUAAAGAAUCUCCAGCCUACUGAAUGUAAAACUAUGCAAGGCAUUUUGCACGAGAUUGGUGGAACUGGUAUCUUUGUUUUUCUUUUUGCUAGGGUUGUUGAACUCAGUAGCUGUGAAGAAACUCAAGCAUUAGCACUGCAAGUUAUACUCUCAUUAAUUAAAUACAACCAACAAAGGGUACAUGAAUUAGAAAACUGUAAUGGACUUUCCAUGAUUCAUCAGGUGUUGAUCAAACAAAAAUGCAUUGUUGGCUUUCACAUUUUGAAGACUCUUCUCGAAGGUUGCUGUGGUGAAGAUAUUAUUCACAUCAAUGAGAGUGGAGAGUUUAAGUUGGAUAUGGAGUCUAAUGCUAUAAUCCAAGAUGUUAAACUGUUAGAGGAGCUAUUGCUUGACUGGAAGAUAUGGAAUAAAGCAGAGCAAGGUGUUUGGGAAACUCUGCUAGCUGCUCUAGAAGUCCUCAUCAGAGCAGAUCACCACCAGCAGAUGUUUAAUAUUAAGCAGUUAUUGAAAGCUCAAGUGGUUCAUCACUUUCUACUGACUUGUCAGGUUUUGCAGGAACACAAAGAGGGGCAGCUCACAUCCAUGCCCCGAGAGGUUUGUAGAUCAUUUGUGAAAAUUAUAGCAGAAGUCCUUGGAUCUCCUCCAGAUUUGGAGUUAUUGACAAUUAUCUUCAAUUUCCUUUUAGCAGUUCACCCUCCUACUAAUACUUACGUUUGUCACAACCCCACGAACUUCUACUUUUCUUUGCACAUAGAUGGCAAGAUCUUUCAGGAGAAAGUCCAGUCAAUCAUGUACCUGAGGCAUUCCAGCAGUGGAGGAAGGUCCCUUACGAGCCCUGGAUUUAUGGUAAUAAGCCCAUCUGGUUUUACUGCUUCACCUCCUGAAGGAAACAAUUCCUCCAAUAUUAUUCCACAGCAAAUGGCUGCCCACAUGCUGCGUUCUAGAAGCCUACCAGCAUUUCCUACUUCUUCACCAGAAAUACAACCACGAAAAUUGACUGCAAGUUUGGGUUGUAGUAUCGACAAGUUACAAAAUAUUGCAGAUACUUAUGUUGCUACCCAACCAGAGAAAGAAAAUCCUUUGGGGAGUUCUGACCCACUGAAAAAAGGCAAAGAGGAUGCAUUCAUCAGUAGCUGCGAGUCUGCAAAAACUGUUUGUGAAAUGGAAGCUGUCUUCUCAGCCCCAGCCUCCGUCAGUGAUGUCCCAAAAGGAACAUUUGGAUUUCCAGCGGUCAAAGUAGAUAAUAAAGAAUUGGGAGCAGAACCCAGACCAGAGGACGACAGUCCUGGAGAUGAGUCCUGCCCACGCCGACCUGAUUACCUAAAGGGACUGGCCUCAUUCCAGCGAAGCCACAGCACUGUUGCAAGCCUUGGGCUAGCUUUUCCUUCACAGAAUGGAUCUGCAGCCAUUGGCCGCUGGCCAAGUCUUGUUGAUAGGAACACUGAUGAUUGGGAAAACUUUGCCUUUUCUCUUAGUUAUGAGUCAGACUACAAUCAAACUGCACGUGCUCAGAGUGUAACCGAAGACUGUUUGAUACCUAUAUGCUGUGGAUUAUAUGAACUCUUACGUGGAAUUCUUCUCAUCCUACCUGAUAUGAUGCUUGAGAAUGUGAUGGACAAGCUUAUUCAAGCAGACUUACUUUUGGUCCUGGUUAACCACCCAUCACCAGCUAUACAACAAGGAGUGAUAAAAUUAUUAGAUGCAUAUUUUAAUAGAGCAUCUAAGGAACAAAAAGAUAAAUUUCUGAAGAAUCGUGGAUUUUCUUUGCUAGCCAACCAAUUGUAUCUUCAUCGGGGAACUCAAGAAUUGUUAGAAUGCUUCAUCGAAAUGUUCUUUGGUCGACGUAUCGGCCUUGAUGAAGAAUUUGAUCUGGAAGAUGUGAAAAACGUGGGACUUUUUCAGAAGUGGUCUGUCAUUCCUAUUCUGGGACUAAUAGAGACCUCUCUGUAUGACAACAUACUCUUGCAUAAUGCUCUUUUACUACUUCUCCAAAUUUUAAAUUCUUGUUCUAAGGUAGCAGAUAUGUUGCUGGAUAAUGGUCUACUCUAUGUGUUAUGUAAUACAAUAGCAGCCCUGAAUGGACUUGAAGACAACAUUCCUUCGAGUGAAUACAAAUUGCUUGCUUGUGAUAUACAACAGCUUUUCAUAGCAGUUACAAUUCAUGCUUGCAGUUCCUCAGGGUCACAAUAUUUUAGGGUUAUUGAAGACCUUAUUGUACUACUUGGAUACCUUCAAAAUAGUAAAAACAAGAGGACACAAAAUAUGGCUGUUGCACUACAACUUAGAGUUCUCCAGGCUGCAAUGGAAUUUAUAAGGACCACCGCCAAUCAUGACUCUGAAAACCUUACAGGUUCACCCCAGUCACCCUCUGCUCUUCAUCACACAGUAUUUCAGAAGCGGAAAAGCAUUGCUGGUCCUCGAAAAUUUCCCCUUGCUCAAACUGAAUCUCUUCUGGUGAAAAUGCGUUCGGUGGCAAAUGAUGAGCUUCACAUGAUGAUGCAGCGGAGAAUGAGCCAAGAGAAUCCCAGCCAGGCAUCUGAAACAGAGCUUACGCAGAGACUGCAGAGGCUCACUGUUCUAGCAGUCAACAGGAUUAUUUAUCAAGAGUUUAAUUCAGACAUUAUUGACAUUCUGAGAACUCCAGAAAAUACAACUCAAAGGAAGACCUCAGUUUCCCAGACUGAAAUUUCUGAGGAAGAUACUCAUCGUGAACAGCCUUCUGUUUUGAAUCCAUUUCAGAAAGAAAUGUUCACAUAUCUGGUAGAAGGAUUCAAAGUAUCUAUACUAAAGUCCUUGGAUGGCCAUUUAAAACCCCCUUUUAUUUUCAUUUGCAGAGCAGUAUGGUAUGACCCCAUCUACUAUCCAGCUUCAUGGCAAUUGGAUCCAACAGAAGGGCCAAAUCGAGAGAGGAGACGUUUACAGCGAUGUUACUUAACUAUUCCAAAUAAGUAUCUCCUUAGGGAUAGACAAAAAUCGGAAGAUGUGGUCAAACCACCACUCUCUUACCUAUUUGAAGACAAAACUCAUUCUUCUUUCUCUUCCACUGUCAAAGACAAAGCUGCAAGUGAAUCUAUAAGAGUGAAUCGAAGGUGUAUCAGUGUUGCACCAUCUAGAGAGACAGCCGGUGAAUUGUUAUUAGGUAAAUGUGGAAUGUAUUUUGUGGAAGAUAAUGCUUCUGAUACAAUCGAAAGUUCGAGCCUUCAAGGAGAGUUGGAACCGGCAUCAUUUUCUUGGACAUAUGAAGAAAUUAAAGAAGUUCACAAGCGUUGGUGGCAGUUGAGAGAUAAUGCUGUAGAAAUCUUUUUAACAAAUGGCAGAACGCUCCUGUUAGCAUUUGAUAACACCAAGGUUCGUGAUGAUGUAUACCACAGUAUACUCACAAAUAACCUCCCUAAUCUUCUGGAAUAUGGUAACAUCACCGCUCUGACAAAUCUGUGGUAUUCAGGACAAAUUACUAAUUUUGAGUAUUUGACUCACUUAAACAAACAUGCUGGCCGAUCCUUCAAUGAUCUCAUGCAGUAUCCAGUGUUCCCAUUUAUACUUGCUGACUACGUUAGUGAGACACUUGACCUCAAUGAUCCAUCAAUCUACAGGAAUCUCUCUAAGCCUAUAGCUGUGCAGUACAAGGAGAAAGAAGAUCGUUACGUGGAUACAUACAAGUACUUGGAGGAAGAGUACCGCAAAGGAGCCAGGGAAGAUGACCCCAUGCCUCCAGUGCAGCCCUAUCACUACGGCUCCCACUAUUCUAACAGUGGCACUGUGCUUCACUUCCUGGUUAGGAUGCCUCCUUUCACUAAAAUGUUUUUAGCUUAUCAAGAUCAAAGUUUUGACAUUCCAGACAGAACUUUUCAUUCUACAAAUACAACUUGGCGCCUCUCAUCUUUUGAGUCUAUGACUGAUGUGAAAGAACUUAUCCCAGAGUUUUUCUAUCUUCCAGAGUUCUUAGUUAAUCGUGAAGGUUUUGAUUUUGGUGUGCGUCAGAAUGGUGAACGGGUUAAUCACGUCAACCUCCCUCCUUGGGCACGCAAUGAUCCUCGUCUUUUCAUCCUCAUCCAUCGGCAGGCUCUAGAGUCUGACUACGUGUCCCAGAACAUCUGUCAGUGGAUUGACUUAGUGUUUGGGUACAAGCAAAAGGGGAAGGCUUCUGUUCAAGCCAUCAAUGUUUUUCAUCCUGCUACAUAUUUUGGAAUGGAUGUCUCUGCAGUUGAAGAUCCAGUUCAAAGACGGGCGCUGGAGACCAUGAUAAAAACCUAUGGGCAGACUCCUCGCCAGCUGUUCCACACAGCUCAUGCAAGCAGACCUGGAGCCAAGCUCAACAUUGAAGGAGAGCUUCCAGCUGCUGUGGGGUUGUUAGUGCAGUUUGCUUUCAGAGAGACUCGAGAACAGGUCAAAGAAAUCACCUAUCCGAGUCCUUUGUCAUGGAUAAAAGGCUUGAAAUGGGGAGAGUAUGUGGGUUCCCCAAGUGCCCCAGUACCUGUGGUCUGCUUCAGCCAGCCCCACGGAGAAAGAUUUGGUUCUCUCCAGGCUCUGCCCACCAGAGCAAUCUGUGGUCUGUCCCGAAAUUUCUGUCUUCUGAUGACAUACAGCAAGGAGCAAGGUGUGAGAAGCAUGAACAGUACUGACAUUCAGUGGUCAGCCAUCCUGAGCUGGGGUUAUGCCGAUAACAUUUUAAGGUUGAAGAGUAAACAAAGUGAGCCUCCAAUAAAUUUUAUACAAAGUUCACAGCAGUACCAGGUGACUAGUUGUGCUUGGGUGCCUGACAGUUGCCAGCUGUUUACUGGAAGCAAAUGUGGUGUCAUCACAGCCUACACAAACAGAUUUACAAGCAGCACGCCAUCGGAGAUAGAAAUGGAGACUCAGAUACAUCUCUAUGGUCACACAGAAGAGAUAACCAGCUUAUUUGUUUGCAAACCAUACAGUAUACUAAUAAGUGUGAGCAGAGAUGGAACCUGCAUCAUAUGGGAUUUAAACAGGUUGUGCUAUGUACAAAGUCUGGCAGGACACAAAAGCCCUGUCACAGCUGUCUCUGCCAGUGAAACCUCAGGUGACAUUGCUACUGUGUGUGAUUCAGCUGGUGGAGGCAGUGACCUCAGACUCUGGACAGUGAACGGGGACCUCGUUGGACAUGUCCACUGUAGGGAGAUCAUUUGUUCAGUAGCUUUCUCCAACCAGCCUGAGGGAAUAUCUAUCAAUGUAAUUGCCGGAGGAUUAGAAAAUGGAAUUGUAAGGUUAUGGAGUACAUGGGACUUAAAGCCUGUGAGAGAAAUUACAUUUCCCAAAUCAAAUAAACCUAUCAUAAGCCUUACAUUUUCUUGUGAUGGCCACCAUUUGUACACGGCAAACAGUGAUGGGACCGUGAUUGCCUGGUGUCGGAAGGACCAGCAGCGCUUGAAACAUCCAAUGUUCUACUCCUUCCUUAGUAGCUAUGCAGCCGGAUGAAUGUGAGAGAACUUUGCAUUCUCCAAAGCACUUUAGCUCCAAACGAGAUUUGUUGACUUCACCAAUUCUAAGAGGUUGAACCUGAAGAAAUGGAUGACUAAACAAAACAUCCGAAUAAUGAUAAAAUCUAUUCAUCUGCACAAAAUUCUAAAGCCUCAGAAGGUCCUGAGAAGGAAGUUCUAUACUAAUUUUGUGAUAAUCUGAAAGAUUGUGUCAGUAUGCACUAACCAACAAAUUUUGAGUCUUGCAUGGUAAAUUAAAAUGAUAUUCUUCAAGUUUUUUCCUACAGAGGUAUUCCCAAGAAAAGAUUAAGGCCUCCCCUUUUCCUAUUAUU